AUGCCUUCCGAAGUUUCCGACAUCAAGCAGUUCAUCGAGAUCUGCAGGCGCAAGGAUGCCAAGUCCGCCUGCAUAAAGAAGAACAAGAAGGUCAACAACAUCAAGUUCAAGGUCCGAUGCUCAACCAACCUGUACACCCUUGUCCUUAAGGACACCGACAAGGCCGAGAAGCUCAAGCAGAGUCUGCCUCCGGGUCUUACCAUCUCCGACGUUGGCAAGAAGAACCCCAAGGGCAAGCGCACCGCAUAA